CCGGGAGGGGACUCACGUACCCGAGGCGGAAGAGUGGACACCCGUGAAGAGCUGUGUGCUGGCGAGAGAGGGGGUUGGCGUCUCAUGCGGGCCAAUUGUUUAAGCCUAACAGGCUUUACAGGCGGAAGCAUCGGUGCAGAGCCGACAUGUGGAUCGGGGGGGGAGCCGGCGGGGAAUGAGGAGUUUGAGGACAGCGAGGAGGAGAGGGGGGCGGUCGAGGGUGGAGAUGAUGAUGGUGAGRGUGAUGCAGAGGACAUGGAGGUGCGGCAAGAGGUGGAGCGCGCCAGGGGAAAGAUGAGAAAGGACAAGGYCGUUGACAAGGACAACACCCGUGACGAGGACGUCGACGCCGACGAUGACGAUGAGGGAGCAGACCUUGGGGCCUCUCUGGAUGGGGGGUUCAUGGGCGAUGGGUGUCGUGGCCAAGAGGGGGCAGCUAGGGCGAUAAAGGAGGCUGCGGGAUCGAAGAAGAGAAAGAGGAAGGCGAAGAUGACUACCACUGAGGCGAGAUCAGCACCUUCUCAUCCCAAAAAGAGCAGAGUUCUUCGACAGACGUCCAUGCUGGAGACCUUUGAUCCAGUGUGGCAACGAGAAUUCUCGGACUCCCUCCUAGCCCAGGAGGAAGUCAAGUACACUCGCAUCACUUGGCUUCCGUGUGCGGUCCAUGUCUGCAACUUGUUGUUGUCAGACAUCGCGGAGGAUGGGCGCGACGGGAGCCUCGGGAAGAGGGAGGACACCAUCAUCAGGGCUCGAGCUGUCGUGCGUUUCAUCAGAGAGCACGGGGCGGCUUUGAGCCUUUAUCGACGGUUUUGUGCCGCCCACCCCUCUUUUGCCUCCACGGCGGCUGGUGGUUCGAGCUCUGCGCCACCCUCGUCUCAGUGGCGAGGCAGGGAGCUUAUGUACCCUGUGCAGACGAGGUUUGCCACCCACUACUUGAUGCUGGAGAGGCUGUUGGAUCAUCGCAGAGYGUUGGAGGCGUUGAUGAUGAGCGACGAUUGGCUGCGGACUGCAUGGAGGAGGUUCAUUUUUCUGCAGGCCAGAUGGCUUGGUUUCAUCAAGCUGACUCGUUUGGUGGAGAUAUCCACCAACUUGAGAUUGAGUCGUUGUCAGGGGAGGGGUUAUGGGUACGUUCUUCCAUGGGAGGACGCUGAGGAGGAGACAGAGGACGCUAUUCCUCCGCCUCGUUAUGUGGGUGUUCGGUCGGUUGACCGAGUCACCGAGGCACAGCGCGACCAGCAGGUCCAGCGCGGGAGGAAGGAUCGCCUUUCAAAGGCACCUCCCAGCGUCGCGACGUAUUUUGGUCGUCGCGCCACGGUGCUCAUGGCGCAUGAGUUGGAGUCGGUGUACGAUCCCGAGCCUGAUCCCAUGGCUCAGGACGCGAUGGAGGACGAGCCGUGGUCCGAUCCGGACGACCUGGCCGUGGAGUCAAAGCCAGGAGGUUCUUAUGACGAUGAAGACGACACUCCUUUGAUCCAGAUUCCGCGUCCUCGCACACGUGCGUCUAUGGCGGCCGCUGUUCCGUCUCCCGCAGCACGCCCUCCUUCGAGUGCUUCAGACGUCUUAGAGCCAGGUCCGACGGACCGUGUCGAGAGCUGUACGCCACACCCUUCAACCGAUCGUCGCGGACAGGGAGGGACUCGCGAGCGUGUCGACGAGGAAGACGACGACGAUGGCGACGAUAGGGAGGGAUAUGAGGGCAGCAGUGAGGACAGACAUGGUGACGACGACGACGACGAGGGCAGCGACGGUGGACGGGUUGUGGGUGGUUUGCGGAAGGGAGGCAGUGGGCAGGGUGUUGGGGGUGCAGGGYGCACAGGUGGUGCAGGGYGUGCUGGCACAGGAAAAGUAAGGCGAGAGUCGUCCACUCGCACUGUGCAUUGGGUUAAUGAGGAGAGGCCCGCUGAGGCAGCUGUGGUUGCUCCCUCCCCUAUGGAGGUUGCUCCCUCCCCUGGAGAGUUCGUUGUGCCGUCUGCAGAGGGCGCAGUGGCAUCUGUGGAGGGUCCAGGCGGGUUUGUGGGUGGUAGUGGCGAUGCGGGAGAGGUUGGGAGGCCAUCUGCACAGGUGGGUGUCAGUUUCAGCGACAACAUUUUUGAUGUUUCGUUAGGGCAUCCUCCGACACUGGCAGGGGAGCGUGUCGGUGUCGAUGUGGACGCAGCGGCCACACCCGUCAGUCAGAUACUUCGUGACAUACCUUCAUGCAGCACGGGCGACAUCAGUAGUAGCAUGUUGCAAGAGGCAGCAGACGGGGCACCGGGUCGGUCGGGGCAGCACGAGCGUGCAACUGGGGAUGAUGGGGAGUGUCGACAUGUGCAGGAGCGGGUGACAGAGUUAGAGCAGGACAUGAUCGACCGCGAGGAGAGGAGGAGGGCGCAGGGGUUGGCUGGCCGCUGCGAGAUGACGCAGAGUGUUGCAUUGAGGGCACGUGUAGCGCGGAUGCUCGAGACAGGCGUUGAGGCAGGUGAUGCAGAGGGCGAGUGCGGCGCUGCGGGCAUAGGGGAUGCGGGCGAGAGACCUGCAGGGUGUUUGCGUAUUGCCUCUCGGUGGGGCCAUGUCGGCGGGGGAGUUGGAGCGGCAGGCAUGGGAGGACCCGUUGCAGGCAGAUCGCCGGGGGCGGAUGACCGAGGCGUUGAGGAGACUGAUGGCAAAGGCCCCGGCUUACAGGCGGUACGGGGCCCCUCGCCGACACCCGCCGGGAAGUCUCCUUCUCCUCAGUCACGGAAGAAGAAGAUGAGAGCAGGGAAAAAUCUUAGUACCGCGAGGAGAGUGACGCAGACGAUGCGGGCGAGUCAGCCUGGGUUGGCCGGUUUACAUCCGCGGACACGGGCGAUUUUGAGCGGGGACGGUGGCGCAGACGCAGCAGGAUGGCAGGAGAGGGUCUCCGACCGAGCGACGGAUCAGCCCAUGAGCGCACCUGCUGAGGCGACGUUGCCACAUGCUGCAGGGCGUACAACGGGCACCGGCGACCACCCCGAGCACAGUGUGGCCCCCGGGAGGAGCAUGGUUGCACGUAUAUUGCGGGAGGAUGUGAGGGCAGCGACAGCGCAGCGACCGUCACAGGCGCCAGUCGUUUGGGAGUCUGGCAAAGACGAUUUGGAGAUGCCUUAUGUCCAGCGGAGGAGGGUUUCCGUGUACGAUCUUCUUCGACCACACGGAGGGGUUGAGGCGGCGCCACAGGGGGAGGUUCAUGCUCCGGAUACUAUGCACGCGCCGGCAGGCGGCACAGAUUGUGGGGAUGGUGUGACAGGUGUGGUGCCGCAGAGGAGGAGAAAGGACAUUGUGGACGACGAUGAUGCAUAGUUCCACCAUUAGUCUUCUUUCAUCCUCUGAUCCGUAGUAGUGUACAGUAUAUUUAGUGCUUGAGACGAGGCGUUGUGUUAGUAGGAGUAGUCUGUAGUGCUUGAGACGAG